CUUUUUCUCUCCUUUUACAUCCUGUCAAAGAUGAGAGAGAAAAAGGAAAUGCCAUACUCAGAGACAACACCUCUGCUCGAGGUCAAUAUCGCCCCUCGGCGACCUCGAUACCCUCAUAAUGCCCUUCGUCGAACAUGUACCGGUCUGCUUGGCACACUCUUGGUGAUCGUCGUCAUCCUCUUUUUGAUCCCGUCCGCCAUUCUACCCCGCGAGCACGGCUCGAUCUGGUCCUAUCUACCAGGUGCCAACCCAUUCCCACAUGACGCCUGGCCUCAAGGCAAUGGUCUACCCUAUGAUCAACUCCAACAGAUCCUCCUCAACACCCCAUCCGCGGCCAAGGCCCGUGAGUGGAGCGAGUACUAUACCGCCGGGCCCCACUUGGCAGGCAAGAACUUGAGCCAGGCGCUAUGGACGAUGGAUAAGUGGAAGGAAUUCGGCGUGGAGGAUGUAUCUCUUGCAUCUUAUGAUAUCUACCUGAAUUACCCACUGGACCAUCGAUUGGCCCUGCUCAAGAAGUCUGGGGAUGAUAUCGAGGUAGCCUUUGAGGCUACCCUGGAGGAGGAUGUGUUGGAGGAAGAUCCUACUUCGAGUUUGCCUGAUCGGGUCCCUGUUUUCCACGGGUACUCGGCCAGUGGUAAUGUCACGGCUCAGUUUGUGUAUGCCAACUUUGGUACAUACUGGGACUUUGAGGACUUGGUGAAUGCCAAUGUCACCCUGAAAGGCAAGAUUGCUAUUGUCAAGUAUGGGCGAAACUUCCGUGGUCUGAAGGUGAAGCGUGCGCAGGAGCUUGGCAUGGUUGGCGUGCUCAUCUACAGCGAUCCCCAGGAGGAUGGCGAGAUUACCGAAGAGAAUGGCUACGAGGCUUAUCCUAACGGCCCAGCCCGUAACCCUAGUGCCAUUCAGAGAGGCAGCACGCAGUUCCUGAGCAUUGCUCCUGGUGAUCCCACCACUCCAGGAUACCCAUCCAAGCCCGGCUGUGAGCGUCAAGAUCCUCACGGCUCUAUUCCAUCUAUUCCUUCACUUCCAAUUUCAUACAAGGAGGUCAUUCCAUUCUUGAAAGCUCUAAAUGGUCAUGGACCCAAGGCCUCGGACUUUAAUGAGUACUGGCAGGGCGGUGCCCUUGGCCACAAGGGCGUGAAAUACAACAUUGGACCCUCGCCAGAGGAUAUUGUUAUCAACCUUGAGAACCAGCAGCAGUAUGUGACCACUCCCUUGUGGAACGUGAUCGGUGUCCUGAAGGGUUCCAUUCCGGACGAGGUCAUCAUCCUGGGUAACCACCGGGAUGCCUGGAUUGCUGGCGGAGCUGGAGACCCGAACAGUGGUUCUGCCGCCAUGAAUGAGGUCAUUCGCAGCUUUGGUGAAGCUUUGAAAGCCGGAUGGAAGCCACUGCGCACUAUUGUCUUCGCCAGUUGGGAUGGCGAAGAGUACGGCUUACUCGGUUCGACCGAGUGGGUGGAGGAGAACCUCCCUUGGCUGUCCAAGGCUAAUGUCGCCUACUUGAAUGUCGAUGUGGCUGCUUCUGGCACCCACUUUGGUCCUCGCGCCGCACCGCUGCUGAACCAAGUUAUCAACGAGGUGGCCGGUCUCGUGCCGCACCCGAACCAGACUGUCCCUGGCCAGACGGUCCGUGAUGUUUGGGAUGGUCAUAUCUCGACCAUGGGCAGUGGCAGCGACUUCACUGCCUUCCAGGACUUUGCAGGUGUGGCCAGUCUAGACUUUGGCUUCAGUCACGGAAAGGGUGACGCCGUCUACCACUACCACUCGAAUUACGACAGCUUCGCGUGGAUGGAGAAGUAUGGCGAUCCCAACUGGUCUUAUCAUCUCGCUACCACGAAGCUCUGGGCUCUGGCUGCCGCACGACUGGUGGAGUCGCCCGUGAUCGCGUUCAGUGCCGGCGACUAUGCUGCCGGACUGGACUCGUAUUUGCAAACAGUCAAACCCUCUGCCGGCAAGCUGCCAAAGCAUGCCCACUUUGACUUUGAUCGUCUCGACCGGGAAAUCUCCAACUUCCAAGCGGCCGCGACCGCAUUUGAUGCCUACGCCGCAUCGCUAGCCGAAAAGUUGAACGAGAAUGUCCCCUGGUACCACUGGUGGAAGAAGGUCCGUCUCUACUUCCUGAUCCGCGGUGCCAACGAUAAGUAUAAGUACAUCGAGCGAUCAUUCCUUUACCAGCCCGGUCUGGACGGACGCAACUGGUUCAAGCACGUUGUGUUUGCGCCUGGUAUUUGGACCGGCUACUCGGGAGCCACCUACCCCGGACUGGUGGAGAGUCUUGAUGACGGCGAUGUGGAGAAUGCCAAGAAAUGGAGUCGUAUUAUCCAGGAACGGAUUGGUGCGGCGACCAAGCUGCUGUCGUAGUUGGGCGAGAUUGAAAUCGGAGGGAGGAUGGGGGUUCAGUGUGAUUGGAUGCCGAUUACCCGGGCAGGCUUGUAGUGUGCAUACGAGGAGUUGUACAUGUAGUAAGUACUAUAUACUGGACUCGGGAUAGAUGUAGUUAGUUAGUUUGUGGGGUAUACUUUGCACGGUGAUACACUUUGUUGAUGACUGCAUUUCUCGAUCUAUAUAUCUCGGGUUUGUACUUAGUCUUCCUUGACCCAAAACGAAG